UGGAUUGGUGAAGCAGCCUCUUCCUGGCCAGAUAGGGCAGCUCAGGAAGCUGGGGGUGGGGGGUGCUCCCCACCAAGCCCGGUGUGGCAGGGAGCUGGGACAGUCCUGGGUCAGGCAGGGACUCUGUGAUGCUUCCCGCUCCCUCGCCUUUCUCUGCAUCUGAUCCUGGGAUGUCCUAGCCACCAUGGCUUUCCAGCUGAGCAGGAUCAUGCGGCCAGAUGACGCCAACGUGGCCGGCAAUGUCCAUGGGGGGACCAUCCUGAAGAUGAUCGAGGAGGCGGGCGCCAUCAUCAGCACCCGGCAUUGCAACAGCCAGAACGGGGAGCGCUGUGUAGCCGCGCUGGCUCGUGUCGAGCGCACUGACUUCCUGUCUCCCAUGUGCAUCGGUGAGGUGGCGCACGUCAGCGCGGAGAUCACCUACACCUCCAAGCACUCUGUGGAGGUGCAGGUCAACGUGAUGUCCGAAAACAUCCUCACAGGUGCCAAAAAGCUGACCAAUAAGGCCACCCUGUGGUAUGUGCCCUUGUCGCUGAAGAACGUGGACAAGGUCCUCGAGGUGCCUCCUGUUGUGUAUUCCCGGCAGGAGCAGGAGGAGGAGGGCCGGAAGCGGUAUGAAGCCCAGAAGCUGGAGCGCAUGGAGACCAAGUGGAGGAACGGGGACAUCGUCCAGCCAGUCCUCAACCCAGAGCCGAACACUGUCAGCUACAGCCAGUCCAGCUUGAUCCACCUGGUGGGGCCUUCAGACUGCACCCUGCACGGCUUUGUGCACGGAGGCGUGACCAUGAAGCUCAUGGACGAGGUUGCUGGGAUCGUGGCUGCACGCCACUGCAAGACCAACAUUGUCACAGCUUCUGUGGACGCCAUUAAUUUUCAUGACAAGAUCAGAAAAGGCUGCGUCAUCACCAUCUCGGGACGCAUGACCUUCACGAGCAAUAAGUCCAUGGAGAUUGAGGUCUUGGUGGACGCCGACCCUGUUGUGGACAGCUCUCAGAAGCGCUACCGGGCCGCCAGUGCCUUCUUCACCUAUGUGUCGCUGAGCCAGGAGGGCAGGUCACUGCCCGUGCCCCAGCUCGUGCCCGAGACCGAGGACGAGAAGAAGCGCUUUGAGGAAGGCAAAGGGCGGUACCUGCAGAUGAAGGCGAAGCGACAGGGCCACACGGAGCCUCAGCCCUAGAUUCCCUCCUCCUGCCACUGGGGCCUUGAGUAGCCAUGGCAGCGGGCCCAGUGUCCAGUCACUUAGAAGUACCCCCUUGGCCAAAAACCCAAUUCACAUUGAGAGCUGGUAUUGUCUGAAGUUUUCGUAUCACAGUGUUAACCUGUACUCUCUCCUGCAAACCAACACACCAAAGCUUUAUUUAUAUCAUUCCAGUGUCAGUGCUACACAGUGUUGUCCCGAGCACCGGGAGGCAUUCUGCAGAAACCCUUGGGAAUGCUUCCGAGCACGCUGUAGGGUGUGGGAAGAACCCAGCACCACUAAUAAAGCUGCUGCUUGGCUGGA